AUGCGCUACCCUUGUGCACCGCACUGCUGCAGCUCCAAGAUGCUCUACCCUUGUGCACCGCACUGCUGCAGCUCCAAGAUGCGCUACCCUUGUGCACCGCACUGCUGCAGCUCCAAGAUGCGCUACCCUUGUGCACCGCACUGCUGCAGCUCCAAGAUGCGCUACCCUUGUGCACCGCACUGUUGCAGCUCCAAGAUGCUCUACCCUUGUGCACCGCACUGUUGCAGCUCCAAGAUGCUCUACCCUUGUGCACCGCACUGCUGCAGCUCCAAGAUGCUCUACCCUUGUGCACCGCACUGUUGCAGCUCCAAGAUGUUCUACCCUUGUGCACCGCACUGUUGCAGCUCCAAGAUGCUCUACCCUUGUGCACCGCACUGCUGCAGCUCCAAGAUGCUCUACCCUUGUGCACCGCACUGCUGCAGCUCCAAGAUGCGCUACCCUUGUGCACCGCACUGCUGCAGCUCCAAGAUGCUCUACCCUUGUGCACCGCACUGCUGCAGCUCCAAGAUGCGCUACCCUUGUGCACCGCACUGCUGCAGCUCCAAGAUGCGCUACCCUUGUGCACCGCACUGCUGCAGCUCCAAGAUGCUCUACCCUUGUGCACCGCACUGCUGCAGCUCCAAGAUGCGCUACCCUUGUGCACCGCACUGCUGCAGCUCCAAGAUGCGCUACCCUUGUGCGCCGCACUGCUGCAGCUCCAAGAUGCGCUACCCUUGUGCACUGCACUGCUGCAGCUCCAAGAUGCUCUACCCUUGUGCACCGCACUGCUGCAGCUCCAAGAUGCUCUACCCUUGUGCACCGCACUGCUGCAGCUCCAAGAUGCUCUACCCUUGUGCACCGCACUGCUGCAGCUCCAAGAUGCUCUACCCUUGUGCACCGCACUGCUGCAGCUCCAAGAUGCGCUACCCUUGUGCGCCGCACUGCUGCAGCUCCAAGAUGCGCUACCCUUGUGCACUGCACUGCUGCAGCUCCAAGAUGCUCUACCCUUGUGCACCGCACUGCUGCAGCUCCAAGAUGCUCUACCCUUGUGCGCCGCACUGCUGCAGCUCCAAGAUGCUCUACCCUUGUGCGCCGCACUGCUGCAGCUCCAAGAUGCUCUACCCUUGUGCACCGCACUGCUGCAGCUCCAAGAUGCUCUACCCUUGUGCACCGCACUGCUGCAGCUCCAAGAUGCUCUACCCUUGUGCACCGCACUGCUGCAGCUCCAAGAUGCGCUACCCUUGUGCACCGCACUGCUGCAGCUCCAAGAUGCGCUACCCUUGUGCACCGCACUGCUGCAGCUCCAAGAUGCGCUACCCUUAG